AUAUUGUAAGCUAAUGAACAGAGCUUGCUGUCAGCAGUCACGAUGCCAAGGCUGUGGCAUCUCAUGCUCCUGUGCUGGGCAUGGAGUCCUCUGUCGGUGCUAGCCAGUGUAAACUUCAUUGGGACACCGCAGGAGUGUGAAAAGGCUCACUUUGUCCCGGGUUACAAUCUAGGUGGAGAAGGCUUCGAUAUCGUCACAAUGGAGCGGAAAGGUGCCUAUGUCAUCGACACUGAAACAUGGAAGCUUGGUAAUGGCACUUGCAGGCUAUUCAGCAACAGCUACAUGAACAGAGAAAAACAGAAGGUCCCAGUUGCCGUGCUGGACUGGAGAACCCUCCCCAAGUGCAAUUUAAUGGUCUCCAGUACACUCUAUGAUUCUGUCGAAACCCUUGCCAAUGACUCCACCUCAGCUGUGUCCAAUGAUUGGAAAAUUGGCCUUGAAAUCCCUGUCGACCCUUCUGUCACCCUUGGUGUUGGCUUUGGAGGUUCCCACUCCAAAGAAUCCACCUUUGGCAUGCAAAAGUCAAAACAAGACCGCUACACCUUCUUUCGCCAUUCUGUCUACUGUAGCUUCUACCGUUACAGACUGGUGAUGACACCUCCACUGAGUCAUGAGUUUGACUCAGCCGUGAACUCCAAUCCUUCAUCAUAUCGCAGUCUUAUCGACACAUAUGGCACACAUUACAUCACAAAAGUGUCCCUAGGAGGGGAAAUAAAAGCGAUCACUUCCGUCAGGACCUGCGAGGCAAACAUGAAUGGACUGACGGCAACAGAAGUUAAAGACUGUUUGUCAGUCGAGGCCUCUGCUAGCUUUGCAAGUACAGCCAGCAUUAAAGCCAUGUUCAAACACUGUGAGGCAAAGAAGAAGAAGUUAGGCUCUAGCCACAGUUUCAGCAGCAUGUUUAAUGAGCGUUACACAGUUGUCAUUGGUGGAAACAUCAACAGCGCUGAUGUACUCUUUGAAGGCCAAUCCAACCCGUCUGUCUAUAACAGCUGGCUCGAGUCACUGAAAAGCAUCCCAGAUGUGGUCCGAUACGACAUAAAGCCCCUGCACACCAUACUGCCAAGUGGCCAUCCUGCCAAGGCCAGACUGAAGCAAGAGGUGGAGAAGUACAUCAAGAACAAUGCAGUGUUGAAAAAAUGCUCAGAAAGCUGUAUGAUUGGGCACAGGUCCAGCAUAAGGGAUCCUUGUGCUUGUGUUUGCAACAGUAAUCAGAAUAUCAUGUCAAACUGCUGUCCUGUUGGGAGAGGUCUCGCAACAUUAAGGGUCGAUAUUCUCUAUGCAGAAGGGCUGUAUGGGGAUGUUUUAACUCAGACAGAUGCCUCUGUGGAGGUGAGUUACGAGGAUCAGAAUAAGCUCACUAGCAUCAUAAGUAACGAUGACAAUCCUAUAUGGCAUCAGCGAUUUGAAUUUGGACCCGUCCUCAUUAACAUGGCAAACAAACUGAAGUUCAGUGUUUAUGAUGAGGAUUCUUACUGGGAUAGUGAUCUGCUAGGUGAGUGCUCUUUUGAUCUGCGUAGAGGGGUGGUGGUAGAUUCCUGCAUGUUAAAUCAUGGUACCUUCUUCUUCUCCUACACGGUGCAGUGCGCACCAAGUCUUGGUGGUGCGCAAUGUCAAAAAUACAUCCCCUCCCCCAUGAGUGCCUCUUUGGCCAAGGUAUUCCACACCAGAAACGGGGUCCUUCUUGGAGACACGAGGCAGAACUAUUCAGGGUGAGGUCAACUAUUGACAUGAGAUGGGGUGAUGAGAGAAUAAUGGUUUUAUGAUGAUGAUGCAUGUAGUUAAUAUCAUCUUUUAGACUCUUUUUAGACUUUUCUAUCUUUGUUUGCAAAAAUAAAAGAAUCCAUCUUUUCUUCUGCUUCUUUCUUGUUAGUUACAAAAUCUUCAAAUAAAGCAUUAACAAAGA